AAGAGAGAGAGAGAUAGUGUGUAAAGGAGACGUUUUUGCAUCUUUUGAGCUCGUGAAGCAACUGCGAAAGAAGAAGAAGACGAUGACCCAUCUCCCCAAUCUCAGAAUCAAGCAGUGUUUCUCUCACUACUCACCAUUUUUGUGAUCUCUCUCUCUCUCUCUCUCUCUCUCUCUCUCUUUCUCUUUCUCUCUAUAUACCAUGAUCUCCACUUGAACUAGAGAUUAAUCUCUUUUUAGCAAAAAAAAACUCUAUAUGGGUAGUGGGGAUCAUAGAGCUCCUGUUGCUCUCCCCUGUUGAUUUCGGAAUAGAGGAGGAAUAAGGAGUAAAAGGAUUGGUGGGUGAUGAGUCUCAAAAGCAAGGGAUUUGUCGGCGGCGGCGGCGGUGGCGGCGGAGAGAUUCCGUGCCGAGGUGCGGUUUCGCGGAAAUGGGCCUUCUUGCUUUGCCUCGGGAGCUUUUGUUUAGGGCUUCUCUUCACCAAUAGGAUGUGGACAAUGCCCGAACCAAAAGAGGUUAUUAGGAGAAGUGCGAUCGAAGGGGAGAAGAUGAACGUGGUUCCCGGCGAUUGCAAUUUGAAAAGUAUUAGAGAAAAGCAAGAGCCUAGUGAUGUUCUAGGUGAAGUUUCAAGAACUCAUCAUGCUAUACAGUCACUGGAUAAAACAAUAUCAAACUUAGAAAUGGAAUUAGCAGCUGCAAGGGCCACACAGGAAUCAAUACUCAGCGGUUCUCCCUUAUCAGAUGACCUGAAGGACACCGAAUCAAAUGGAAGGCAAAAAUAUUUCAUGGUUGUAGGAAUAAAUACAGCGUUUAGUAGUCGCAAGAGAAGAGAUUCAGUUCGUGCUACUUGGCUGCCGCAAGGUGAAAAGCGAAAGAAGCUUGAGGAAGAGAAGGGUAUCAUUAUUCGAUUUGUCAUCGGUCACAGUGCUACGUCAGGAGGAAUAUUGGACAAGGCUAUCGAAGCAGAAGAUAGGAAACAUGGGGAUUUCAUGAGGCUGGAUCAUGUUGAAGGAUAUCUUGAAUUAUCAGCCAAGACCAAAAUAUAUUUUGCGACUGCUGUGUCUAUGUGGGACGCUGAGUUCUACAUCAAAGUCGACGAUGAUGUACAUGUUAAUAUCGCUACACUUGGAACUACCUUGGCUCGGCACCGUUCAAAGCCUCGUGUUUAUGUUGGGUGCAUGAAAUCCGGCCCAGUCCUAGCUCAAAAGGGGGUGAGGUAUCAUGAACCCGAAUAUUGGAAAUUCGGAGAACAAGGAAACAAGUACUUCCGCCAUGCUACUGGUCAGAUAUAUGCCGUUUCAAAAGAUUUGGCCGCAUACAUAUCCAUCAACAAGCACAUUCUUCACAGGUAUGCUAACGAGGACGUAUCAUUGGGAGCUUGGUUUAUCGGAUUAGACGUGGAGCAUAUUGAUGAUCGCAGGCUUUGUUGCGGUACUCCACCCGAUUGCGAGUGGAAAGCGCAGGCGGGCAACAUCUGCGUGGCUUCAUUUGACUGGAGCUGCAGCGGCAUCUGCAAAUCGGCAGAAAGGAUCAGAGAGGUUCAUCAGCGUUGCGGCGAAGGCGAGAACGCCUUGUGGAGCGCCACAUUCUAACCAGCAGAGUCCUUCGAAAUACAUACGAUAAGGAGCGCAAAAAGCCGGUCAAAUUGUACCUAUGUGAAUGUAUGUAAUGUAGCUGAUAUUAGAAGAGGAUUUUAUAUACUGGGUUUCUUUCAUAAGGGAUCCUUUUCCAUUUUCUGGUAGAAAAAAGAUCCCUAGCAAUGUAAGGAAAAAAACUGAGAGAGGGAAAUAUAUAUAUAUAUAUAUAGAGAGAGAGAGAGAGAGAGAGAGGGAGAGGGAGAGUUGAGUUCUCCCCCCUACAUUUUUUUACAUUUGUUGUAACUCUUGCUUAUGGGUUAGCAAGGCAAUAAUAAGUGCUAAUUUUCUCUUGAUGAA